AUGAAACUAAAGAAUAAAAAUCAAGAGUCAGAUGCAUUUCUGGGAGGAUCAAGAUCGCUAUCUGAACCAAAAACAAACACCUCUCUUAGUCUAGAUGAGUCAUCGGGAACAGCCGGUGCUUCAACUUCUUCCGAAGAACUGGAAGAGGAACAUUAUAGUAGACGAAAUCGUAGAAUCAGAUGUCGUCACAGAUUUAAACCAGGAAAAGUCUCAUACAGUUCACAGUAUGAGGAAAACGAAAAACAGAAACAUUCAGGUUCUGAAGAAAGCAGUCCUUCAGGUGAUGAUAUAACUUUCAGAAGCAGUCGUCACGUUUAUGAAGUUUCUACUUUCACGCUGUACGUUUUCACCAGCAGAGAUGGUCCCCAUUCUCUAUAAGAUGAAAUCGAAUU